AUCAUCAAAAUAUCAUUUCCCUUUUUGGGUUUUGCUUUGAAGACAACAAUCUCCUCUUAGUUUAUGAUUUCCUAUCAAGAGGAAGCCUUGAAGACAAUUUACACAGCAACCAGAAAUAUCUUGCAUUUGGAUGGUCUGAAAGGUGAUUUACUCUAUGAUGAUUUUGAACCACAGGUUAUAUUGGCAGAGUGCUUAAAAUCAUUUGGUCACUGGAUGAUUGCUCAUGCUACAGAGUUACUGACACCUGACAAUAUUCAAGUAGAAAUUUUUUUAAAAGAAGAAAGACAUAAUGUUCAAUUACUUUUGUACUGCAAACAGAAUAUUGAGAUAUGUCGUUUAUAUAGUCUUGAUAGUAUUGCUGGAAUGCAUCACUGGAAGCAUGGUAGAAAAGGUUCCGGAAUCUUCUGGCUACAACAAGCUCAUGAUGAAGUUCGCCUUAAUAGAAAUGCUCAGAAGUUGUUUGACUUUGUUGGAAAGUCAAUCUCUGAUGAAUAUAUCUUUUACAAGGGAGGAAAAAACUUGGUUUUAAAGGUGCAGCAAAAGCAAAAGGUUAUUCAGAUGUGUUGUAUCUUGACAGUGGGCACAAAAAGUAUUGGGAAGAGGUCUCCUCAUCACUUUGCAGCUUGUGAAGAAGCUGGAGUUUUAGUUGUCAUUCGGUUGCAACUCAUACAUCCGUUAAAUCACCCAACAACUAAUAUAGAUGCUUGUGCUAAAGGAAACUUGGGUCGUUUUAUAAAUCACAACUGUCAACCAAAUUGUCGCACUGAAAAGGGAGGCACCUUGUGGUUCUGUAAUCGCAUCAUGGAAAUUUUUUUAGUAUUUGCUAGUUUGGUGUAG